GUUCCAUACACGAGUCGCAACCCGGAAGUGUCGUCAAUAUGCAAAUUCCGCAAUCAAACUCUCCAGCGCUUAGGACCUGUGGACCAUGAGAAAUUAAGCUUAUCGAUACGUCGCCGCCAACAUUGUAACGCGCGGUAACGGCUGUUUAAUAGCAAUUGGGCUUCGGAGUCAGAGGCUAAACAUACCGCGCCUUUGCCGCUGUGUACCAGCAUCGAGAUGGGCAGUGGACGAGACAUCGAAGCGGACAGAAGUGUGGUUAACGUCAGCUAAGUGCAGCUGUGUCCUAAUGUGAACGUCGUCGCUUUUGCAAAAUGAAAGGUCGACCGGUGGUUUUGGAGCAGCACGUUCGAGGAUGAUGGCCAAGGGAUAACAUUCAAUAGGUCACAUCCCCUCAUCCAAAGUGACCCAAUUUGUCCCCCUUCCCUUUUUUGUACAUCAUUUCAUAGACUUGAUGCAUUCGACUGUACUCUUGUGUACAUUAAAGAGAGUCCACUUUACCUGUGGGCAUCCUCGUCAACAAAUCUGGUAUGGUGUGACCAAGUCAACUCCGUCAACUUCCUGCAACCAAGCUUUUUACACCUGGGACUGAUGAUUCUUUGUCUGGCGCUCGAACCUGGUCCCUAUCUUUAUCAUGUUCCUCAACUAGGGAUGUAAUGAUACGAAAAUGUCUUAUCAUGGUUAUUGUGACCAAAAUUAUCUCGGUUAUUAUUAUCACAGUAUUGUUAAAUGUGUUUAAAAAGUACUUUUUUAACACACUGAAAUCUUUUAACCAAUUUAAAUAAUUUAAAAUAAAAUAGACAGAUACAAAAUAUAAUCUUUUUGGCAGACAAAACAUUAAAUAUUAUCCUGGCUUCUCAAGAGCCAUAUUGUUUGAUUUCAGCGGUUAAAUAUGUUUAUCUUCAGUUUUAUUUUAAAAGUUUUUGAAUGUUUUCAUUGAUACAGGCAAAACGGAUGUUGUGGGCUUCACUUCCGAUUUAUGUGACAUCACACAAGUUCACUUCCUGUUGUAGAUAUCUCUGCGCCAUAUUCCCCCAACUAUAGAUCAAUAGCUGUGCUAAAAGAGCUUAGCCUUUUUGUUUUAUGUGCACAGUUGAAUAGCUUAGUUUCUCAGACAACAACGUGUUUAUACCAUUUUUAGAUUGGGGUAUGUCGUUUUUUUUAAUCAGAAUCACAAUCACAAUCAGAAAUACUUUAAUAAUCCCUUAAGGGAAGUUAACAUUUUCAGCACAAUCCCAUUCAAGAGCAGACAAACAUUACAGGGAGACAGAACAGGAUCGCUGACGGGUCUGCUAACUUCCGGCGCCCCUUACAAAAAAAUAGGGAAAAACAAUGUAUUUUUUGUUCAUGUUAGCAUUCGAGCUAGCUAGUGAGUCCAUGAGUUUUUCAGAGUGUGGCUAUCAGUACGGUUUUAUUAUAUUUUUUUAAAUUAAAACAGUGAUACUAACCGCCUGCCGUUUUAACGCAGUUUAUCAAUAUUACAGUUUAUCAUUGCAUCCCUAUCUUCAACUUACUCAUUUGUGUCCUUGGGCCAUGGUUCGAAAGAAAGGUUCCCUUAUACUAUGUGGUGCUUUUCUGUUUGUUGCGUGGAAUGCUUUGCUGCUUCUUUACCUUUGGGGUCGCCCUCCCAUUGGCCGCCUUGGUGAAGGUGGUGGUGCUGAACCAGGAGGAAAUGAGGAAUGGGGUAUAAUUGGAGGGAAAGGAAGCCGAGGCAACCUAGCAGGGGAGGUAUUCCGCCUGGCAGAGGAAGUGGAAAUUCAGCUUGAGACCCAGAAAAAGCUGCUAAAGCAGAUUGAAAGUCACAGAUUUGCCUGGUCUAAGUGGAACGAUGUUGGAAAAAGAAAAAUGGAUGUUAGUGAACAAGUCCAAUUGGAAACUAUUCACCAGCCACCAAAGACUCUGAUUCCUGUGAAAGAGAAAGUGGAUACCAAGGAACAAACUCUUACGAAGCCUUUUACUUCAGUAAUCCCAGAUUCUCAUCACCAGUCGAAUGUAUUAAAGGCAGUCAGCCUUGGAAACGGAUUUACAACUUCUCUUGCAAGCCCAGAAGUUAUCAUUCCUAUCUUAGUUAUUGCUUGUGACAGAGUUACAGUAAAACGAAGUCUUGACAGACUUAUUCAGUACCGUCCUUCUCCAGAACUCUACCCCAUUAUUGUCAGCCAGGACUGUGGCCAUGCUGAAACAGCGAGUGUAAUUGGUUCAUAUGGGAAUCAGCUGACACACAUAAGCCAGCCAGACCUCACAGACAUCCGAGUACGGCCGGAGCACAGAAAAUUCCAGGGCUACUACAAAAUUGCCAGACAUUACCACUGGGCACUAAACCAAGUGUUCAACACGUUUUCCCAGUCCACUGUGGUUAUAGUGGAGGACGACUUAGAGGUGGCUCCUGAUUUCUUUGAGUACUUCAGAGCACUUUACCCAAUCCUGCGUGCGGACCCAUCCCUGUGGUGUGUAUCUGCCUGGAAUGAUAACGGCAGAGACGCCUUGGUGGAUCCAUCCAAAGCUCAUCUUCUCCAUAGGACAGAUUUUUUCCCCGGUCUUGGUUGGAUGCUUCUUAAAGAGUUGUGGGAUGAAUUAGAACCUAAAUGGCCUUCUGCUUUCUGGGACGACUGGAUGCGUCAGCCAGUGCAGCGCAAGGACCGUUCCUGCAUUCGACCAGAAAUCUCACGAACUAUCACAUUUGGCCGGAAAGGUGUCAGUUUAGGUCAAUUCUUUGACCAGUACCUUCGCUAUGUGAGACUUAACACUGAAUUUGUGCCUUUUACCAAACAAGAUUUGUCUUAUUUGCUUAAAGAACAGUAUGAUGAGAAGUUUAUCAAAGAGGUUUACAAUGCCCCACUGGUGAAGAUCGAGGAAUUGCAACAUGGAGGACUUUUAAGAGGACCAGGCCCCUACAGAGUGAAGUAUUCAAGCAGGGACAGUUUUAAAGUUCUUGCCCGAAAUCUGGGGGUAAUGGAUGACUUAAAAUCUGGAGUCCCACGGACAGGCUAUAGAGGUGUCGUCCGUUUUCUCUACCGAGGUCGAAGGGUUUUCUUGGCACCAGAAGAAGGUUGGACGCAAUAUAAUGUUAGUUGGAGCUGACUAAAACUGUUUGGUAAAAACAUUGUUUAUAGUAAGAAUCCAACUCCGAGCAUCCCAUUUGAGACCAAACAGCUCUACAGUGAUUCAAUGAGUAAUUACGACUGCACUCCAGUGGGUCUGUGACAAUGAGCUGGCCUGAAAGCCAAGAAGUUGUUCAAAUUAAGUGCUCACUCAGGAUCAGCGGGCACAGAAGACACCUUAGAGUUCAAAAAGAUCAAACUUUCCUGAAAGGAAAAUUCCACAUUUGAACACUACAUAAAGUACUUGAGGCAAAGUGCCUUGCUUUCCAGUCCCAUCUGGGUUGGCGUAUUAUUGCGUUCCAUUUAAUUAACUGGACAAUAAUGUUUAGCAAGAGAAAGCAAUUUGGAUUUAGUGUCACGUUUCAGUGUCUGAUGAUAAACUGAACGCCAAGAAUCAGAAGUUUUUGACGUGCACAUUUGAAACUGAAGAAUCAAAUUCAAGUUCCCAAAUUCCGCUAAUGAAAGCUUUAGAACUAAUCCAGCUACAGCCUUUUAACUCUCAAGUCAUUAUCUUGACAUUAUUUGGUGUAUUUUAUGAGUUCAAAUGAUGAUUAGAUAAUUAUCCAAUCAUCAGAGGGAAAGCACCUGUUCGUCACCCAUCAUCUUACAUCACUGUGCUGACCUUUUAUUCACAGAGCUUUGCAGCUCAAGAUAUCACAAGGUAACACCACAUAAAUGAAGAAUAAUUUUGUUUAAUACCUGUGUACAAAAAAGAGGUCCAGAAUUAGUGUGCUAACCGUAUUACCUUCCCCAGAUUACAAUUUAGUAGCCAAAAUUGGUCAUGACUUUAACGCCAUGUUUUCGUUAAGCGAUUCACUUCAGUGAGCCCUGGUACCAUCCAGAAUAUUAAAUCCUGAUCUAGCUGGGAUUUUUACAAAUACCAGUACAUCACAUCAAUACUUCAAAUGCCAAUAUUGCCACUGUCAAAGACAGUUACAACACUGUAAAGACAAAACUGAUCAGUGUCACUAAUGUUGCUGGAUAAUUGUGAAACAUUAAGCAACAUGCUUAACAUACAUGAAUGACUGUUUUUUCCCCCCCUUUUAAAACAUAUAUUUGCCACUGGACUUUUUAAUGCACCACGUUUUUAUGGUCAGUGGUAUUUCAUAACGAGUGAAAGUGGUCGUGUGAUGCAGCUUGAACUUUGGAAAACUUAGCAUAGCAUAACUGUUUUGCCCAUUGAAAUGAAUUAAAAUCAAUUUAAUCUGU